AUGAUAUGGUUUGAUAAUACAUCAGUCAAGUCGGAAAGUGUAGUGGAUGUGGACAUAGACUAUAAGCCAGAAAUGAUUGACUUAAAUAAUCAGUCCAAUCAUAUCGAUAAGACCACUCGGUGCUCAUCGAUGGUUCAAAGGGGCAAAUAUUUGCUAACUUGUGAACCUCAGAUCAAGACUCUAUUGGAUUGUGUUUAUCGUGGAUAUAAAAUAUCAAAGGACAACGAUUGCUUGGGUCUGAUUAGUCCCUAUACUCAAGCAUAUGAAUGGUCUACUUAUAGUCAGUUAAUGAUUGCUGAAUACGCGUGUUAUCAUUACUCAAUGGCUGUGGUGGCACUCUUUGACACAUCCGAGUCAAACAGAUGGACAUACAUUUUCCAACAAAUUGAGCCCAAAUGCGUUAUCGUUGACUCCAAUGAAAGGGCCAAACAAGUGAUGACUUCUGUAAGAUAUAAUAGUAAAGUCGAGAGUUUGAUUCUCACGAGCGAUCACUUGUAUCCGGACACUAAACUAUUGGCUGAGAAAAAAGUUAUCUCUUAUACGAGUGGAACGACAGGAAAUCCAAAAGGAGCGCUGUUAACUCACGGCAAUCUCGUGUCCGCCGUUUCUGCUCUUCUCUUACAUUUGGAUUCACAUUUUGAUCUGAGAGAGGAGACAAUGAUAGCGUACUUAUCGUCCGCACAAUUAAGAGAAAGAAUAUUAAAAGCCUGUAUGUUCUACAGUGGAGGACGUAUUGGGAUAUAUUCAGGAGAUUUCAAAGACCUGUCCCGAGAACUUCCCAUUCUUAUGCCGACAAUCAUGUAUUGCGUCCCCAGGAUUCUCAACAGACUUUAUAAUAGAGUCAUAUCUAAAGUGAGGGGCAAUUGGGUUCGGAGUCGAAUGCUGGACAUUGCACUCAAAUCAAAACAACCCGAGAUCUUAAAAGCGGUCAAUCAGACGACUUCAAUCUGGGAUAAAGUUGUUUUCAAUACAGUUAAGCAAACUCUGGGCGGAAACCUAAAGCUACUCAUCUCUGGCUCAUCGCAAAUAUCGUCGACUGUUUUGAAUUUUGUGCGAAAUUCGUUUGGAUGUCGGUUUUUUGCAAUUAAGCAAACUCUGGGCGGAAACCUAAAGCUACUCAUCUCUGGCUCAUCGCAAAUAUCGUCGACUGUUUUGAAUUUUGUGCGAAAUUCGUUUGGGUGUCGGGUCCUGGAGUGCUAUGGAUUGACUGAAUGCUCGGCGUUUGUAACUCUAACCCAUUGCGCCGAUCAAUCAUACGGUAAGACAUUUACUCCGAUAGGUCUUUACAUAACGCCAAACAAUUGA